AUGCAAUUCCAAACUCUCGUCCCAACUCAAUCCGAGCCAAUCCACACUCCUCACUCGGCUCUCUCUCACCACGCAACCAUGGUCCGCAGGGAAUCAACCUUCCUCGCCCUCACCGAGGAACCCGCUGUUGCCCCAUGGUUCUUGAGACAGCGACGACCAUCCAACUUCCUCGUUUUGGCUCCAGUUACUUCUGAGUCUUACCCAUCUGCUCCAAGACCACAACGGGCAACCAUCAUGACCUACAGCAAGGAUAACGAGGAAGCCAUCGCUUCCUCUCCAGAGCUUGGUCCAUCCGCAGCUAUCCUUCCAGUUGAGCCAAUGGUCCUCAAGACUCGACGAAGCACCAGUGUCAGCUCCACCAGCAGCGAGGGUCGCCGACUCAGGUUCCUCAAGCUUAACCCAGUCCACUGGGGCGGUGAGGAGGGCGAGGAUGACUACGCCAUUGAGGAGUAA